AUGGAAUCAGUAACCAGUUUCUUCUGGCAUGAAGGGCAGAAGGUUAGUGGGUCAUCGGUAAUGCCAGAGAAACGUGGCUCUGGUAAGGAACAGUCUGGGAAGGGCAAUAAUGUUGAAGCAGGCAUCCCGGGAGCCGUUGCAGGCUCAGGUUCAAGCGUUCAGAAGCUGAUGACUGACACCUUGAUCGAGAAGAUCAUGAAGAUGGCGCUACCACCAACCACUGAAAUGGGCAUGGAAAGCCUUGAGACAAGAAUAGCAGCAGCCAGGGAAAGACCAAACCUGUCAGUGCAGAUUAUGAGCCGAAACUUUGUGCUGAUGAACUCACGGCUCAGUUUGCCUUUCACAAUGGUAGACGAGGUGAACAAGAUAUUCGGGUGGUCUAAUCCGGCGUACACGAUCUCAAUUAUCUUGAUUUACAGCUACGUGGUGUUGAAACCGAUCCCAACGAUAACGUCCAUUCCGAUCUUUUACCUGCUGUUCGGCGUAAUGGUUCCUCAGUUCCUCUAUAUCCACAAGCCGAACGGGUCGCCAUUUCUGGAUACGAAUAUGCGGCCAGCGGAAGGUCCUCCACUGAGAAAGGCUGAAGUCCCCAAGCCGGUGCCGGAAUUGAGCCAGGAGUUCAUCCUGAAUUUGACCGAUCUCCAGAACCGCCUUUUGUUAUAUGUGAAAACCUACGACUUCCUGAAUGCUUUCCUAGCGAAGUUUGCCUUCUUUACGGAUGAAAAGAUCUCAUCUGUGGCGUUCGUUCUGCUAUUGUUGGUCGGCCUGGUGAAUGCCCUCUUCAUGGACUUUUUCGCUAGAUUCAUGCCCAUCAAGGCGACCUUGUUGCUUCUGGGCUGGUCCUUCGCAAUACUUAUGCACCCGCAUAAUCGAGAGAGAUUCUUCUCAACAGUAUAUUCAGAAGAGACACGGCUGAAUUUACUGGCGCUAACGAAUAGAUACGAGAAACUUGUUAAUGAACAAUUACGUUACAUGGAAGCCAGGGAGCAUCGCGUGGUAGCGGUAUAUGAAAUACAGAGCUUUAAGCAAUGCAAGGAAUGGGUGCCUGUCGGGUACUCAAGUGAUGAUUUUACUCUGUUUUCAAAAUUGCGGUUAAGUCAGGAAAAGAUCGAAGACCAUUGUGCACAAUCCUUGGACGAGGUAAAGCCGCCUGUUGACUGGGACUGGCUCGACGGCACGAAUUGGGCAUUGGACUUGGAUCCGACCGAAUGGCUUGAAGAUGGAUUUGUCGAAUAUAUUGACGUUGACCUGGGCACCAAAUGGGUCUAUGAUCUCAAUAUCGACGGUACGAGAGGUGGAUACCGCAGAAGAAUGUGGACUAAUUUGUGCGUUCGAAAGAUAGAAUUUGAAUCUGAGGCGGGCAUACCAGAAGAUUCCAAGACUCCCACUAAUACAUCCGCUAAACCGGAAGCCAUUGCUCGCGGCUCUCCUAGGGUAACGAGAGGUUCUAUGUCCGGAUCAAUACAUUCGGAUGAUAAUCUCAAGGCCGGAAGACCAAGCAUGAAGAAGAGCGGCUCUAACCUAUCGGUGAACAGCCAACUGAGUACCGCGAACAGCAUUCCUUCACUGAGUAAGGAAUCUUCAAAAGCCAUCGACAGCUUGACGAAUGUCCUAAACUGCGAUUGA